AUGGUGGCUUUAACCACACCCAAUUAUUAUCAAGCAAUGCCUGUGGUCCGGAUCCAGGCCCCAGCAGAGGGCAGGAGUGACAGGUAUGAUGUCACCAAGUACGAGCCUCAGAAACAAGACCAGCUGAUUCAGCCUUUCUCCUUGACCCACAGCCAGGGUCCCCAGCCCACGGCCCCAGAAGUCGGUGGCACAGCUGAGGAGCUCCCAUGGUGGCAGGGCCUCAGCCCGCCCCAGCCUGGGCAGACAGGCCCACCGGACACAGCCACUCAGCCCAGGCUUCUGGCUCCACACGGGCCCCGGGAGAAGCCCUGGAAGAGGAGCCGCCUUCUCUGGGAAUUGGGUGCCUUCCACUGCGCCAUUGCCCUGCUGCACCUGUUCUUUGGGGGCUACCUGCUCGCCACAGUCCAGAGUCUUCACCUGGUGGUGCUGAAGUGCUGGUAUCCGUUCUGGGGGGCUGCCUCUUAUCUCAUUUCAGGGAUCUUGGCAAUAACGGUGACGACAUUUCCUAAGCCCUGUCUGAAGGGGCUGUGCCUGACGGCGAACCUCGUCAGCUUCCUCUGCGUGCUGGCUGGCCUCUUCGUCAUCGCCAAGGAUCUCUUCCUGGAGAAUUCAUUUCCGUGGCCAAUCUGGAGACCGUACCCCAACUCCACAAGCCACGUGCAGAGGCUGGAGCUGGGCCUGCUCUGCUUCGCCUUCCUGGAGCUCCUCCUGCCCGUGCCCUCCGCCAUCGCGGCCUGUCGUGAGGACCGCCAGGCUGCAGAGGACAAGGAUGAUCCCUCCCUCACUCCCGACACGCCACUGGAAUUCAGGGGCCUGUCCCUGGGGCCUCCACCAUCCUACGAGGAUGUGAUUCAAGGUGAAGGAAAACCUCAGAGGUAAAGACUGAGCUCCUUCUGUGCUGUGUCCCCACAUGCCAACCCCAACGCGUCCCCAGCCUCCCAGAGGUCUCUCUGUGGGGUGAGACGGGCCCGAGUCAAAUGAUCAUACAAAUAAAUAUGACCUCUCUCAAG